AUGGGAAUAACUUGAUUCUCGCUCCACCUGGAAGCGCAAGCAGCAUCAAAACGAAGAAGGAAAACAGUCAAAAAAAAUGUGGCGUCUAUCUUCAACAACGUCUUCGAGCUCCUCGAGCGCUUUGAGGGGACGAGGUUUGAUAUCCCGGACCGCCUUGAUAACAAGUCCCGCACCAUCUUCUUCUUCGUCAAGAGGAACGGGAUCCUUCUUCAAGCAGAGCAGACGUUUCCUCCAGACGGAUAGCGAUAGCCUUGGUGCUUCGAGUGGCAAGAUGCUUGCGUACGAUGAGUCGAUGCGCUUCGAUAAAACGGGAGACCGUUCUUCCGCACUCGUUCGUUAUCGGAUCAGCUCAGAUGAGAUCAUUCGUCGCGAAUACAUGCGCUACGACCACGGUGUGCGCAUCGGCCGGCUCCUCGAGGAUUUAGAUGCAGGUGCCGGCGAUGUCGCGGCGCGACAUUGUUACCUAGGUAGUCCGCAUCACGAGAUGACCGAUAAUGUGACAGCCUGUGUCGAUGGCAUUUUGAUCGACGAUCAUCUCGGGAAUAUCGAAACGGAUGGGAAAGAUUUUUUUCUCGAAGGCAGGCUGAUGUGGGUUGGGUCGGCGAGUAUGAUGAUUCGGAUGCGCGUAUGGACGGCCGACGGGACCUGGGAACCCUCAAACCUUGCGGCAUGCGGCUCAGCCAAGCCUGAUGAAAGCGUGCCACCAAAACGACUGAAGAGUCAGGCAUCGAUUGCGUUGAAACGCAUAUACCAAGUAGCGGAACGGAAUCCGGGACCAAACAGAUUUGGAUCGGAGCAUUGUGGCAUAGGAACAGAUGGAGCUGUAGCGGCGUUGUUGUUAAGGCACGACUCUACCACCUUGUUUCCCUGUAGUUAUGUGCGCUUGUUCUUCAAAUUGGAACUUAACCUCAUCCACCGAUAGCAGGCAGAUUGGAACUUAAUCUCCAGGCAAAUUGGAACUUAACCUCAUCGACCGAUACCCUGGAUCCUUUAGUACCUCUAACCCCCCCUCCCGAUAGGAAGAAGCUUCUUCAGGGAGAUUUCUUGUUCGUGGCGCUUUCGAAAGGAUCACGGAAGGCGGUGAAGAUAAAUGGUCUUACGACAGUGAGUGCAGAAGACAAACAACUAUUUGCAGAGGGUGAGGCGAUGCGUGCCAAACGCAAAGCAACGGCUGCAAAGGGGGGAAAAGGCUUCGCGCCGUGUUUAUGUUGCUUAGUCACGACCAGCGUUUUGAUGUUGAUAUUCUUGAUUCAUGAUUCGUUUUUUCGAGGCAGAAGAAGAGUAAAAAGAGCACGUUGUACGUAGUCCCUAUGAAGAGUAAAUGAAUGCAGACCUGCUCCCAAAGCCAUCUUCUUCUAACAACUGCCGAAGAAGCCUCCUACCUGCAUCUGAUGCAUACUCGCGGCUUGAUGCGCCAUGCUGCGCCAGCGAAAGACAUGUUUGACUAUCUCUUCAAGUCCCAGCCCCUUCCAGAGGGACACUUCUUGCCGGACGCUCUAGACGGAGAACAGAUGGCGCUAGACGGAGACAAGUCGACAUCGUCCCAGAUCGUUCCUAUCUGCCAGACACAAUGUCGGAGUAUCAUAUCGACUUAUGGCAACAGAGCUUAACGUCCUUUUUAGAGAGUAGUUACAACUUGUCCUGAAUCCUUUGAGCAAGUCUAUGCAUCGGCAUCCUAUGAAGAUCAUACAUAAGAUAAAGGAAACACUACACAUACAACACUCCUCAUUGGAUAUCGGAAAUGAGCAAACAAUGUCUAAUUCCCACAGCCUCAGAGUCAGAAUGCUGGCGGGAAGAUAUUUGGUGGACAAUUGAUGCGACAGGCCUACGAACUAGCAGUCCAGAAUAUCCGUCUCCUGCUGAACGCUACAGGUCAUUGUGUCGGAUUGAAAGCCCUCGUCAUCGAGGACACCGUAUUCAAAGCGCCCGUUCCGAUAGGGGCUUGCUUGAAUUACUUUAUGAACAACUUCUACAAGAAGUAACUUCAACUUAGUUGAAGUGGAUGUGGUAGUCGGUGAUUGUCAAAGCCAAUCAUGAUGGCGACUCUUGACGAUAAUCUUGAUGUUUGGAAAUACAACAUGAUCCCUAGAAAUCUUCGGAAAUCACUAUGGAUACCUCAUCGUCAUCUCUAAAACAUCGAGUCACGUGGUGUACACGAAAGGACGCUACGCUCAGGUUUUCGUCACGGCUCACGUGCACGUGAUCGGCGCACACUCAACUGUAUGAAAAAUGGCAAUAAUUAUUUUCCUUACCUCCAUGCGCCGAAGAUGUUGAAAUGUACCUGCCCUAGAAUUUUUACUCAGAUUAGCUUCGAGCCCGAAUCAGAACUACUACUAGUACUAGUACUCGUACUGACUUCUCUGCUUCUACUUCUACUUCUACUUCUACUUCAGGUAAUUAUACGAAUACUAAGCAUAACCUUCUAUGAUCUUCACUCCCCAAGAAACCCAAGCACAAUCCCAUCCCCGUGUUCAUCCCACUACCUUGCAAACACGUUUAUGUAUACGUUUGAGGCGAAGGAGAGGGACUUUCCACACAUCGUGCCGAUCUCCUAUGCUGAGAUGAUGCUCAACCUCAAGGGCCGCCGUGCGUAUUAUAGUCGCUUCUCUCCGAGGGAAGAGUAAGAAGAUGAAGAUGUGUAUAGUACUGCAGAAGAUGAUUGGGGUGCGUAAUAUAGUCGCUCACCUCCGGAAUGAGAUUCCUUGGGGACGACGCAGACUGAAUAGGAAAGUAAAUGGACAGAAGUAGGGAAAUCGAUCGAAAAGGGAGUGACGUGGUCAGCAUUUGAAAAUAUUGACUACUGCAGAAGAUGAAUGUAUAGUACCAGGAACGAUGAAAGUAACAGCCACUGUAUAGGGAAUGUACGAGGUCAUAAUUCAUUUUCAUGCGAACAUUAAGUGCAGACAGGAUGAAUCAGCAGGUUUGAGUUUCGUUUCCUUGAACAGCGCCAUAGAAAAUCCUGUGGCAGGUUCUGGUAUGGUGGCAGUAUUCUAUGACACGCGGCAUUGUUGUCCACCGCGUUCUCCCUCUCCGUGUUCCGCUUUGAAUGCAGGACAAGGUUGGACAAGGGUGAAGCAAGGAAUGAUAGAGAACAGUAUCUCUGCGGCAGCGACUGUUAUCAACACUAGUAAUGUGAAAUCCAGCACACCGCCAGAACAAGG